AUGCCGCGGCCCCAACUAGGUAACGUGUGGACGAUUUCGAAAUCCAAGCGUACAGUGCGACCUUUGGUUGCCAAGAUACAUGCACUCAAUGAGCUUUACACUAGUUAUCCAUCAAUCGUUGAAUUUGAUAUUGAGCAAUUUCAAUCGAGCACUGAGUCUCAAGUAUACCCCGGAAUAAUUAACCCAAAGGAUCCAAGUCAAAGAUUGAGCUCGUUAAAGCCAUUUAUAUCAUCAGAGUUAUAUCAGACUUAUUCGGAAAUAUUUCAGAUCUUCAAGUCAAUUAUACAAUCGGUCGAGGCUCUGGCGAAUCCACCUACUGCCUCUUCUACUUCAACUGACCCCUCGCAUUCUACUCCACCAUCCAAAAUUUCACUACUAUGCUGCUAUAAAAUAGGCCAGUCCAUGGCAUUGUAUUCAAGAAGCUCACAUUAUAAACUAAACAACUCUUUAUUGUUUGACAAGAAAGAAAGAAAGCAAGACGCUAUUGUAGAGAAUGAGUUUGAAGACGACAUAGACCAUUGGCUAGAAAUGGAACCUUCUCAAAUUGUUCUAGCUCAUAGGAAAGACUUAAUUAUCGGCUACAUAAUACACCUAUUGGUGUUCCAUCUGAAUUUACUUCUAUAUACGCUUAUCCCAAUUUUGGUAGACUGGUUAUUCGAAAACAAGAAUUACCAUUCAAUUGCAAGAAACCUAUUUCAAGAGUACUGGUAUAACAACGAUGAAUAUGAUGAAGGAGUUAGAAAUAGGAUAUUUUGGACAUUUCUAAAGACUGGAUAUUGGAAUCAAUUCAUAACGAAACUAGAUUUGAAAUCUUCAUAUUAUUCGUCUUCUUCCCAGUAUGCAUCUCUAAUCCUUGAUUCACUACCAUUGAAUAAUAAAUUUAGCAACAAGGUUAAGCUAGACCUCCUAUUAAAUACAUCGGAAUUGCACAAACUUAUAGAAUUGGCACCUCAACACUUCCAAGUGAAUAAUAUCUUAAUACAUACUCUUGGAAAAUAUAUCAACUGCUUUAGACUGGAUCUAAAGCAAAGCUCUGAUCCUCUGAGAUCGGAGCAAGUGUUGCAGGCUUUUCAUCAAUUUCUUUCUCAAUUCUUGCUGUUAUGGUUAGGUUCUUCCGAUAAAGACACCGGACUCGUAUUUAAUUCAUUAUUACCUGGCAAUGAGGAUUUGUUCACAGCCUUAGAGAAAAUCACUAAGUAUUGUAUGGCUAUAUCCGAUAAGGUUGGGGCAUACAUCGAUUUAACUGAAUUACUGGCCAAAUUCGUAACAGUACAUAACACAACUUUAAUUUUAAAGUGGUAUUUCCUCUUAUACCCAAUAGAUUACAGGAAAAGGAAUCUACACUUUGAUGUGAAACGAAUUUCCACUUUCAUUGUAAACUUACAAAACACCAAGCUAAGAGUUGUUAGGAAUAGUGACUUUGAUGAGUUUAUUGUUUGGGUAAAAACCGAUUUAGAAAAUAUGGAAUUGGCUAAGGCAUGUCUUGAGCGAUACUAUAAGAAGGAGAACAGUAAAGUACGAUACGGUAGGAUUCAUGCUCAGCUCAUUGGAGAAAAGGUUCCAAUAGUGGAGAUAUAUAGUGAAGACAGUGAUGAAGAUGCAGACAUGGUUGACACUUCAUAUGAAUUACAAUAA